AUGGCGGCGCCCAAGCGCGGCGUGGCCGAGGGCAGCAUGAAGCGGCCGGGCCGGGCUCGUGGCGGCAGCCGCGGGAAGCUGGAGCGGCUGCGCCAGGCCGUGCAGGACUUCGUGCAGGCGGCUGGAGAGCGGGCGCCGCCGCCGCCGGGGUCGGCCAAGCAGAGCCGACGGAACCGCCGCGACGCGAGGAAAGAGAAGCGCCGGCUCAAGCGGAGCCGCCGCCGCCGCCUCCUGCGGGGCGAGGAGCCGGGCGAGGCCGCGGGCAGCCCGGCCGCCCGCCCGGCCGCGGCCUCUCCUCUCGGUGCCACGGGCAACGCGGCGGCCGCCGCCUCGGCGCGCAAGCGGGCGCUGCUGGAGGCCAACGCGGCGGAGGAUGAGGAGAUUCGGCGGCUGGAGCGGCGCCUGGGGCUCAGCAAGCGCCGCAGGAAGGCGGCGGGCGCCGCGGCGGACGAGCUGCCGCCGAGCUUCGUGCGCGACGGGCUGGGCUACGUGCUGGGCGCCCUGGGCUCCGGCGGCAGCCUCGCCGGCCUGUACGGCAGCAGCGACGAGGAGGAGGCGCCGCGGCCGCAGCGCCGGGAGCCGCGGGAGGAAGAGGAGCGGCUCGAGGAUGAGGAUGACGUGACGGGGGAGGAAGACGAGGGGCUGGAGGAGGAAGAGCCAGAGGAAGAAGAUGAGGAGGUGGAGGACGAGGAGGAGCUGGAGGAGACCGAGGAUGAUGCGUCCAAGGCGAGCGGGCACCAGGAGAGCGGGGACAGCCGGAGCUCAUCCCCAGCCCCUGCACGGGAGCAGGGUCUCGGUCACAGUGCUACGAAGUAUGUGCCCCCUCAAGUGAGAAGAGCUCAGGAGGCACUAGAUGACAAAAAAAAGGAAGAAUUGGGAAGGCUGAAGAAAAUGGUGAAUGGUCUCAUUAACAGGUUGAGUGAACCGAAUUUGUCCUCCAUCAGUGGCCAGCUGGAAGAGCUCUACAUGGCCAACAGUAGAAAGGACAUGAAUGAAACUCUAACCGAUAUUCUCCUGAGUGCCUGUGUCACUGCAGUUGCAAUGCCUGCUAGGCUGGUGAUGGAGCAUGUGCUUUUGGUCAGCAUCCUUCAUCAUACAGUAGGAAUUGAGGUUGGUGCUCACUUUUUGGAAACUGUGGUGAAGAAAUUUGAUGAACUCUAUAAAAGUGAUGCUGAAGGAAAAGAACGUGAAAAUCUGUGUGCUUUGAUAGCCCAUCUGUAUAACUUCCACGUGGUUCAUUCCCUCCUGAUCUUUGAUCUUCUGAAGAGGCUUGUUAGCACGUUCACAGAGAAGGAUAUUGAGCUGAUUUUGUUUCUUCUGAAAAACGUGGGCUUUUCCUUGAGAAAAGAUGACCCACUGGCUUUGAAGGAACUGAUCAGUGAAGCACAGAGCAAAGCAAACACGGUGGAGAAGAAGCUUCAGGAUCAGACUAGGGUUCGCUUUAUGCUGGAGACUAUGUUGGCACUGAGGAAUAAUGACAUGCGUAAGAUCCCCGGUUAUGAUCCUGAACCAGUUGAAAAACUCCGUAAAUUGCAAAGAAGCCUGGUUCACAACAGUGGCUCUGGAAAAGACACUCAGCUCCGUGUUUCCCUGGAGUCUCUGCUCAACGCUGAUAAGAUCGGUCGCUGGUGGAUCGUAGGCUCAGCGUGGAGUGGAGCACCAAUGAUAGAUAACACAAGCAACAAGACUCAGCCAAAACUGCAUAUAGGGAAGGUGAGCUCAAAAAUAAUGGCACUGGCUCGUAAGCAGAGAAUGAACACUGAUAUCAGAAGAGGUAUUUUUUGUGUCUUGAUGACAAGUGAAGACUUCCUGGAUGCCUUUGAAAAGCUUCUGAAGCUAGGGCUGAAGGAUCAGCAGGAGAGAGAAAUUGUUCACAUUACCCUUCACUGCUGCCUGCAGGAGAAAAUGUAUAACCCCUUCUAUGCAUUUCUGGCCAGCAAGUUUUGUGAAUAUGAAAGACGAUUCCAGAUGACAUUCCAGUUUAGUAUUUGGGACAAAGUCCGGGACUUGGAAAACCUGUCAGCCACUGCUGUCUCCAACCUGGUUUCACUCUUAGUUCACUUGUUGAGGACAAAGUCGUUGCCGCUCUCCGUUCUGAAGGUAAUCGAAUUCAGCGAACUCGAUAAACCCAAAGUCCGUUUCUUGCGCCAGGUCUUAAGCAUGCUGUUAAUCAAAGCAGAUGCUGAAGAUCUUCAAGACAUUUUUGGGAGGGUAUCUGAGAAUCCCAAAUUGGGAAUGCUGCGGGAAGGCUUGAAGCUUUUCCUCACCCACUUCCUACUGAAAAAUGUAGAAGCCCACAGAAGUGGUGAGGAGGCUGCCUUGUUAAAAGAGAGAGUGGAACUAGCAAGCAAAGCUUUGCAAUCCAAAGAACCCAAAUUGAAACUGUAAUUCUCUUUUUUCCAAUAAAACACGAGUGUGAAAAACUAGAUCUACCUGAAGAUACAAAGGUUUGUGUUAGUCUUUCAGAUAAGUGAGAAUGAGGGGAACAGAAUUGCUGUGGAGGAUCUGGUGUUUGAUGUAAACAGUUGCUUUGCUCUACAUGCUAGUUACAAGUCUGAAGGUGAUACAGGGCCUUUCUGAAAAAAAGGGGGAAAUGUGUUUUUUGGUAACCUGCAUUUUCUGUACCUGUACUUCGUGGCAAUAGCUCACAUCUAGAGAAGAGGCCAAAUUUCUCUUCAACUGUA